CGCAAGCCUCUAAGUAGCCGUGGCUGCAGUCUGCGGUCCAAGUCUUGUCACUGGGGACACUCAGAUCGCUGUGUGUCUCCGGCUGCCUGCUGGUUUUUAAACGCUGGGAACAGCAGCAUGUGCGCGCCUAGGGAAUGAGCAGUCUGUUUAUAGACCCUCGGAAGCCACACAGAUGGAAAAUGGCUGUAAAAUCCUCAGGCAAGCACCAGGAAAACACACGGCUCAACGGAAAAUAAGAUCAAAUUCUAAUAAGAGCAAAAUAAAGAUUACAGUAAAUAAUUACAUUUAAAAGUGAGUUCGAUUUUGGAUAUUUGCUCAUAAGAACGAUUUCAAAUAAGAGCAAUUCCAAAAAAAGACUUGUUGAUGAAAGGGUUUGGUUUGUGCAGAUGCAUAUCCAGUAAUUAUUCUUGCUAUGUUGAACAUGUGGAAUGCAUGAGUCUUGCACUGCUCAGUUUCUGCUCUGCGUUUAAGGGUAGAAGUGUGUGUGGAGGGUGAAGUCUGUUUGCAAGCAGAGACGUGUUGGACGUUGUUACCUUGAAGCUGUUGGCGAUCACCCGCCUGUGAAGACCAAGGCCAGGUCAAUAUCAUGGACAGCCUUCACCUUGCAGCCAGGCAUGGGAAACACUGUAAAUAUACAUGCAGUCUGGAUAGCGAAGUGUGGUGGGGAGGGCUUGCCAAGAUGACAAGUGCAGUAGAACACAUGCUUUCACAUUUUAACACUUUGUGGAAGCUGCUUUGUUGAAAUGGGCCAGUCACUGUUUUAUUGAGUUGCUGUUCCCCAUGCACAGUGCCUUCAGCGAGGCUCUAUUUCAGCUCGCAGAUCCCUCAUUACUAGCUCUGUGUCUCAAGGUCCUUGAGGGGGAACAACAUUACAAUUCAGCACAGCAACCCCUAAAAGAAAAAGUCAGCUGGUUUGAUGCGUGAUAAAUCUAUCAUGAAAACAACCCAGCAAAUAUUUGUGUUCCUGCAGAUUAAACAAACAGGUGCCGAUAAGCGUGAAUAAUGAGCCAAAACUGUUGCGUGAGGUGAGAUUGUGCAGUGAUGGUUUCGAUCCCUGCUGCACAUACAAGGGUGAGCCCCUUUAGGGUGAUAUAAAUAGAGCUGCACGGGGAUGCUCUGGACUGCCGAACACACCUCAGCAUGACCAACACCCUGCUACUGCUGCUCCUGGCCGGUAAGUGACUCUGGGGAAACAGUGGCUGCUAGUUCAUGUGCCUUAGCAUUGGAGUAGCAGCCUGGGUGAAUGUGCGUGUCUGUGUGCGUGCUCAGACAGACAGAAAGCCUGCUUCCUUUCUCACUCUUGCUCUCCACAGUGUCUGUGGCUCAGGCUGCCUUGAUGCCCAGAGCCCUCUGGCAGUUCGGGAACGUGAUCAAGUGCGCCGUGUCCACCAGCAACCCUUUAAAGUACAACGACUAUGGCUGCUGGUGUGGCUUCGGGGGCUCGGGGACGCCAGUCGAUCAGGUGGACCGCUGUUGUAAGGCUCAUGAUUUGUGUUACCGAGAGAGCCGCAGUAUCGCAGCGUGCCGCCCCUUGGUCGACAGCCCCUACAUCAAGGUGUACGACUACACCUGCACCAACAAACAGGUGACCUGCGACAGUUCUAACACUGCCUGUCAGAAGUUUAUCUGUGACUGUGACCGUGUGGCAGCUCACUGUUUCUCCCAGGCUCCCUACAACGAGCAGUUCAAGGGCUUUGACAAAAAGAAGAACUGCAACUCCUGAUCAGCCACAGCAACUCACAACCCAACAGCAAGACCCCACCAAUGCACAAGCCAGGGUCCCCAGGAGCCCCACCCUCGGGACCCUCCCACCCCACUCUCUACACUUGCACACACUUGAUUCCUUUAAUACACAUGUUUGCUCUCCAGAAAAGACCAGUUCUCUUGCCAUGUGGUUUGUCUUCUCCCAAGAGACCAUAAACAUGUACUAUGGAACACUUAUCAGAAAAAUCUCAUAGGAUAAAGCAGAUUCCAGUUUUGCAAUCAAAGACCCCAAAAUAGUGUAUGUGCUUGUGCUGUAAUGUUCUAUCAAUAGUUAUAUACAGAAAAUCUAA